AUGGAAGACAGAGCUCGGAGGAAUAACCUCAGAUUCCGGGAGAUCCCGAAAUCUGUAUCAAAUGCAGAAUUGCACAACUAUUUGUUAGAUCUGUUCCAGAGCCUCACACCAGAAACCCACCCGGAUCAACUCAUCAUAGACAGAGCACACAGGCUACGCAGGCCAAAACACCUGCCCACAACAGCCGCACAAGAUGUAAUUGCGAGGAUUCACUUCUUCCACGCCAAAGAGAGGAUAAUGAAAGCCAGCAGAAAAGCGGGCAUGCCAGAAACCUACAAUUCCAUAAAGAUCUUUGCGGAUCUUUCAGCGGACACGCUACACUUCAGGAAAACCAUGGGACCGGUCACCUCCGCCCUACGGGAAUACAACGUGAACUACCGCUGGGGCUACCCGGCUAAACUCCUAAUCUCCCACCACGAUGCAAUACACUCCAUCAACACAGUGGCGCAAGGUGUCCAACAGCUGAAAGAAUGGGGAAUCCCGAUCCAGAACCCCACCAAAGCAGCUAAAGUUCCGCGGAUGUCCCCGGAGUGGACAACACAAUGA